AUGCCUUGGAGCAGGAGGGGCCAUGGACGUAUCGUGAAUGGCAACGCGACCACCAUAUCAGAGUACCCGUGGAACCUCUCCAUACAGUUCCUGGUCAGGCACGAGUGCGGCGCGUCCAUAAUCAGCACGACGUGGGCAAUGUCAGCCGGUCACUGCUUCUAUGACGACGUCACCAAGAUGUUGCUGCGGGCCGGAUCGACGACACGCGAGAGUGGCGGCGUCGUCUUCAACAUAUCGAGAGUCGUUUACCACGAGAACUUCAACAGCACCAGUCUUGACAACGACAUCGUUGUCGUGCAGCCCUCUGAGCCGUUCCCGCUCGGACCGAACAUCCAGCCCGUCGCGCUGCCUGCAGACGGAUACGAGGCUCCUGCAGGCCUUCCUGUCACUGCUACCGGCUGGGGACUGGAUCAAAAUUUCCAGAGGCCAGAGGAACUGCUAAAAGUGGACCUGUACGUUGACCAAACAUCGGUUUGCAGUAAGAUAUUUUCCGAUAUCCUUCCAGUCACCGACAGCAUGAUGUGUGCCGGCAACAUCCACAAGGGCGUCUGCUUUGGUGAUUCCGGAAGUCCGCUGGUGUCCGGAAACAUGCAGGUCGGCAUCGUGUCCUGGGGCGACGAGGACUGCGAGUACCCUCUGGCGAUGUACACCGACGUCGGGUACAUGCGCCCCUGGAUCAGAAACAUUACUGGAGUGUGA